AUGGAUCUGCUGGUGGAGUUCAUGCCAGACAUGGGGGACGUCCUGGCUGCCCAGGAGGACGCGCUCACGUCUGUGAUCGCCACAUUAGCGUCUCAGCUACAGCAUUUAGCGGCCACGAACGAGCAACAGAUGCAGCGGAUGGCUCAGCUCGAGUCCACACAGCCAGCAGCACCCGAUGCCUUGAUACUGGAGGCUAUGGAGACGUUAACGUCGAAAAUGGAGCAACUACAGCAGAAUGUGCAGCAACAGGUCGCGGAGCAGAUGCAACAGGCUUUAAUCGGAGAACUGCGCAAUGAGGCGACAGACAGUCUAGCAGAGAAGACCGAGCAGACGGAGGAAGCUGUGAAGAAUCAGCUGGAUCAGCUGGAGAAGCGAUUCGACUACUUGUCGAGGUGUUGA